CCUUUGCAGGAACCCGGAAGUGCGAGCCUCGAGAUGGCCGGUGAUCGGAAAGUGGAGCUCAGCGAGGCCCUGGCGCUCGGGCCGGAAUGGCGCCACGCCUGCCACGCGCUGCUCUACGCACCCGACCCCCGCAAGCUGUUCGGCCGCUUCCCGACGCGCUUCGCCGUGCUGAUGCAGAUGCGCUUCGACGGGCGCCUGGGCUUCCCUGGCGGCUUCGUGGACGCGCAGGACAGCAGCCUGGAGGACGGGCUGAACCGUGAACUGCUCGAGGAGCUGGGCGACGCGGUGUCUGCCUUCCGCGUGGAGCGCUCCGACUACAGGAGCUCACACAUCGCGCCCAGACCACGCGUGGUGGCCCACUUCUAUGCCAAACGCCUGACGCUGGAGCAGCUGCAGGCUGUGGAAGCCAGGGCACCUCAAGCCAAGGACCACGGGCUGGAGGUGCUGGGCCUGGUGCGGGUGCCUCUGUACAUCCUGCGCGAUGGUGGGGGAGGCCUGCCUUCCUUCCUGGAGAAUUCCUUCAUUGGUGCUGCCCGGGAGCAGCUACUGGAAGCCCUUCGGGACUUGGAACUCCUGGAUCCUCGCACUAUUGCAAACCUCAAGAUGCCAGCUUCUAAGUAGAGUCAGCCCACCAUGGACCCCCAUAGAACCCAAGUUGAGGGUAUACAUGAGGGAGAGAGAGAAGGAAAGAGAGAGCAGCAAAUGUUUUCUCUUGGGUGCUAAGGGGUGAUAGAUGAUACCAGAUUAAUGACAGAGAUGUAUAUUCAAUAUGUUUUCAACGGAAGACCUUGUCUGGUUGGCAUUAGGGAUAAAAAAGGCCUUUGUAGUAUCUU